AUGGCCACGUCGUCGACGCUGAGCCAGACACAGCGGUACGCGGCGGGUGCGCUCCUCGCGCUCGCGCUCCGCCAGGCGCAGAUCCACCAGCGCGUCCUCCUCGGCUCCCACGGCCUCGACGAGGACCCUGACCUUGACACCGCCGUCGUCUGCAGCGCCGACCCCGACGGCCGCGACCUCUGGACCCACGACUCCCGUGGCCUCCUCUUCCCCGUCCUCAGGUUCCUCGAGAUCGACCCCAAGGCAUGGCCGGGCGUGGAGAAGACGGCGGCGACCUCCGAUCCCAAGCACCACAUUGGAGCCUUUCUCCGGAAAGUCUUCGAGGACGAAGACGACGGCGAGAAGGCCGCCGCCGACAGGUCCGACCUCGAGUUCGCGCUCGCCAAAGCCGUCGACGCCAUGGCGAUGGGCCUGGAGAACGACGUUGCGCCGGGAGACCUGUUCAAACAGCAGGUGUUCGGUGAGUGCUCCAACAAAGACGAACAAGAGGACGACGAAGGGUCGCCCAGCGGCGGCCGCUCCUCCAAAGACUACCGGAAGAUGGCGGUGCUGUACAUGCUCCUCUCCGCCUGCGUGGCGGACGUGAACAUGGCCGAGGACGGCACGGGGUCGCCCCGCAUCAGGAAGGGCUACGACGCCCGCCACCGCGUCGCGCUCCGGCUGAUCGCGGCGUGGCUCGACGUCAAGUGGAUCAAGAUGGAAGCUAUCGAGAUAAUGGUUGCUUGCUCUGCUAUGGCUGCAGCGAAAGUGGAAGAGCAAUCGCGUGAAUGUGUGUCGCCCAGGAGCAGGUGGCAGAGCUGGAAGCGUGGAGGGAUCAUCGGCGCCGCGGCCUUGACCGGAGGGACCCUCAUGGCCAUCUCCGGCGGUCUUGCUGCUCCAGCGAUUGCUGCAGGGUUUAGUGCUCUGGUUCCAACGUUGCACGCACUUGUCCCUGUUAUAGGGGCUAGUGGAUUUGCUGCUAUGGCUACCGCUGCUGGACAUACUGCUGGUUCUGUAGCAGUUGCUGCAUCAUUUGGAGCUGCUGGAGCUGGGUUAACUGGGUCCAAAAUGGCCAAAAGAAUUGGAGAUGUGAAAGAAUUUGAGUUCAAAACCAUUGGCGAGAACCAUAACCAGGGUCGCCUAGCAGUUUGCAUCAUGGUGUCCGGAUUUGCUUUUAAUGAUGAUGAUUUUUUAAAGCCUUGGGAAGGAUGGAAAACUAACUUAGAGAGGUACAUUCUUCAGUGGGAGACUAAGCAUAUAAUUGCCUUGAGUACGGCAAUACAGGAUUUUCUGGCAUCAAGAGUUGCACUGGAGUUGGUGAGGGAAGGUGCAAUGCAGACUGUCUUAAGUGGGAUCAUUUCGGCAUUUGCGUGGCCUGCUACCAUAAUAACUGCUGCAGAAUUUAUCGACAGUAAAUGGUCUAUUGCUAUUGACAGGACAGAUAAGGUUGGGAAAAUGCUGGCUGAUGUUUUGCUUAAGGGUUUGCAAGGAAGCAGGCCUGUCACCCUCAUCGGUUUUUCACUCGGUGCGCGUGUCGUGUUCAAAUGCUUGGAAGAAUUAGCUCUGUCGGGCAAUAAUGAGGGAAUUGUUGAGAGGGCUGUGCUGAUUGGUGCACCGGUUUCAGUUAACGAUGAGCUAUGGGCUCCCGCCAGGAAGAUGGUUGCUGGAAGGCUUGUGAAUGUGUACUCUACCAAUGAUUGGAUCCUCGGUGUCACUUUCCGCGCGAGCCUUCUCACGCAAGGUUUGGCUGGUAUCCAGGCGAUCCAAGUCCCUGGAGUUGAGAACGUUGAUGUUAGUGAUCUCGUCGUCGGGCACUCUUCCUACCUGGGACUCAUGCAGCAAAUUCUGGAGCAGCUCGAGUUGAAUACCUACUACCCGGUGUUCUCUCCCAGCACGCCCAGGUCGAAGUAA